ACCGAUCAAAUCUGCGAGCAGUGCCGCGAGAGACGUGUGUCUAGUGUUUAAGUAAAGUAAUUUAUUUCAAAUUUAAAUACAAAUAUGAGGGAAAUCGUGCACAUCCAGGCCGGCCAAUGCGGCAACCAGAUCGGAGCUAAAAACUUCGUGUUCGGCCAGUCCGGCGCCGGCAACAACUGGGCCAAGGGACACUACACAGAGGGCGCGGAGCUCGUCGACUCCGUUCUUGACGUAGUACGCAAAGAAUCAGAAUCAUGCGAUUGCUUACAAGGCUUCCAGCUCACACACUCCCUUGGUGGCGGUACCGGUUCCGGUAUGGGAACACUCCUUAUCUCCAAAAUUAGAGAAGAGUACCCCGACAGGAUCAUGAACACAUACUCAGUCGUCCCCUCGCCCAAAGUAUCAGACACCGUCGUCGAACCUUACAACGCCACACUCUCAGUCCACCAGCUCGUAGAAAACACAGACGAAACAUACUGUAUCGACAAUGAAGCGCUAUAUGACAUCUGUUUCCGCACGCUCAAGCUAUCCACACCAACAUACGGUGACUUGAAUCAUUUGGUAUCUCUCACAAUGUCCGGUGUUACAACUUGCCUCAGGUUCCCUGGUCAACUAAACGCCGAUCUUCGUAAACUCGCUGUAAACAUGGUUCCUUUCCCACGUCUCCACUUCUGUGCGACCCGCGCCACGGCCGCUACCUCACCGUCGCCGCCAUCUUCCGCGGCCGCAUGUCCAUGAAGGAGGUAGAUGAGCAGAUGCUCAACAUCCAGAACAAGAACUCGUCCUACUUCGUCGAAUGGAUCCCCAACAACGUGAAGACCGCCGUGUGCGACAUCCCGCCGCGUGGUCUCAAGAUGGCCGCCACCUUCAUCGGCAACUCCACCGCCAUCCAGGAGCUGUUCAAGCGCAUCUCGGAGCAGUUCACCGCUAUGUUCAGGCGCAAGGCUUUCUUGCAUUGGUACACUGGCGAGGGUAUGGACGAGAUGGAGUUCACCGAGGCGGAGAGCAACAUGAACGAUCUCGUCUCCGAGUACCAGCAGUACCAGGAGGCUACCGCCGACGAGGACGCGGAGUUCGACGAGGAGCAGGAGCAGGAUGUGGACGAGCACUAAACACUGAAACGAAACGUAGAUACUUUUGUCAAUUUAAACGCGUUACGCCAAAUGAGUAACAAAUUGAUUCCUACGUUAAAUUCAGAACCUGCUUUCUAACUUUUAACAGAUGCACAAUUUAACAUUGUCAGGAUUACUAUGAUAUAUAAAACAAAAAAAAAUCGACGGCAUUUGUAUUCGAUCGAUACAUUCCUCGUGAUUCCAACAAGUCUCAUUGAGAGCUAGAUCUGAAUUGUUUAAAGGCUGAUCUAAAGUAGACAUUGUGUAUUUAUAUUGUUUGGAAACAAAACAACUCGCCAAACGUAAAAAUGUCCGCUUCAAUAACAGAAGUUAUUACAGUUACAAUUGUUUUGAACAAUAAUUUAAUGUAUACAAAAUGCCGGACAAGUAUGUAAGCGGCAUUCUUAGUUAUUGAUCAUUGCAAGAGAAGAAACAUCCGUUUUCAAUGAAUUCUCGUAAUGCCAGGUAUCUUUCUGCGGCUAAUUUCCCAGAAAAGGGCCAUUACUAGGCUUAUAAAGGCAAAUAUAAUUAAAAAUGUCGGUUACACACAUACUCUGCAUAAUGUAAUAAAGAUUUUUAUUUAUUAAAAACAAA